ACUGCCCACUGCCCCCACCUCCUCUUCUUCCUCUGCAUCCUUCUCUCUUUCUCCCAGUCCUCCUCUACCCGCUUCUCCUGCAUUUCUUUUUUGUUUUGUUUUUACCUCUUCUUCCUCGUCUUUGUUCUUUUUUCCCCAUCCCCUUCUUUUCCCCUUUCUUCUCCCUUCCUUUCUGUCUUUUUCUCUUGCCGCUCAGAAUUUUCACAUCCAUCUCUUUUCUUUUAUCUCUUACUACCCCCCUUCGUUUCCUCCUCCUUUCAUUCCUCUUCAUCUCCCCUCCUCCAUCUCUUCUCCCCCUCCGGGGCUCCUGAGCCCAGGCCCGACCAUGGGGAAAAACAAAUUAGUCUUCGCCCAGGGCUCCUGUUACUUCCUUGCCUUCCUGUUUAGCUUCAUCGUGGUGGUGCCACUGACUGAGAACUGCCAUGACUUCCACGGCCGCUGCUUGCUCUUCACUGAGGGUAUGUGGCUGAACACCAAUCUGACCGUGCAGGAGCACCAGCGCUUCACUGUGCAGGAAUGGGGCUCGCCCGCUGCCUGCCACUACUCUCUGCUCGCUGCCCUUCUCUCCCUGUCUGUGGCCAUCGGGUUAGCCUGGCGGUCGCUCUAUCUCCUGUGCAAGGGAUUCGACGAGACCUGCCUUGAAUCCUUUGCAGCCUUGAUGCUUAAUAUCUUCAUCCUCUUUGUUGUCUUCAUCGCCUGUACUAUCAUCAGUGUGGGAUUUGACAUGUGGUGUGAUGCCAUCACAGAGAAAGGAAGCAUGCCCAACAGCUGUGAAGAGCUUCAGAAUAUGGACUUGGAUUUGAACCCUGAAAACUCAGCCUUCUAUGACCAGUUUUCUCUUGCCCAGUUUGGUCUCUGGGCUGCCUGGCUGGCCUGGCUGGGCAUCACCAUCUUGGCCUUCCUGAAGGUUUACCACAACUACCGGCAGGAGGACCUGCUGGAGAACCUCAUCCACGAGAAAGAGCUGCUGUUGGGCCGAGCCUCGUCGAGGACCUUUUUUCAAGAUGAGAAGAGUGGCAUGAUCUAACUCCAGGGCCACCCUCCUUCCCCCCUUCCCUGCAAUAUCCCAUCCCUCCUCCCAUUCCCCUUUGUGCCCCAGAACCCCUGGCCUGGCCUUUCCCUGGUAGUGCUUGCUGAAGCAAAGGCAUUGCUCUUUGGGACUGUAAUUAGGUCUGGUUUAAAGUCACCUGUGUCCACCUGAAAUGUCUGCUGGUCUGUCCCACGUAGCAUUGAGAGGCUAUUUAUUCUAUGUCCUCCCUAGCCCUACUUUCAAGGCUUUCCCUCCCCCAGCUGUUUUGUCAUUUUCUCUUGUCCUGGCAGUGCCCAUCUAGCCAAAUGGUGCCAGUGUUUUAGCUACAGUAUAGACUCAGCAAUUAAUGUGGCAUGGGUAGCUAAUUUUUGCUCACUGUUUAACGGGGCUAAUGUUGAAUUUUGAGUGGCCUCUCAAGAAAGGGUUUGUGAAGUAAAUUGAUGAACAAGAUUGGAAGAGGCAUGUUUAAACUGCUUUCAGGAACAAAUAAUUUUAAAAGGACUUAGACAAAUCAGUUUCGCUUCACAUUUCCUUUCACAUCAGCAGGAUCAAUGUGGUUGAUGUCACUGAGGUGAUUUCUGCUUGGAGAACAUUUUAGCAGUAAAUUUGUAAUCACUUUUUUUCUGCUUGAGAAUAACAUAUUCACCGCUUGAAUUAAUGUAAAUUUGAACUUUAAUCCCUGAGAUGUUUAAGAAGCACCUACUUUGUGCAAGACAGGCAACCUGGUAUAAUACUGAAUCAGAAGCCCAAACUCCUGGGUUUAAAUAAUGCCUCUCACAAUAAUUAGUCGUGUGACCCAGGGCAAGCCAUUUAGUGUCUCUGGGUCUUUGGCAACAGGUUACAAGUUCUCUACCAAGUUAUGGAUGAGUAAUACUCUGUGGUGUGGUGGUGGUGGGAGGGGGUGAAUUCUCACCCCCCAAAAUUACAGAUCCUUGAAGAAUGUAUAUGACAUAAUUCUAGGGGCUGUGGAUACAAAGAUAGGGCACAGACCCCAUUUUGAAGUAGUUUCUAAUCUUUUUUGUCAGUUCAAUCAAAAAAUAUUUCUUGAGCACCUAUUAAGGAGUAGGUCUGAAUUAGUAAGAUUUGAUUUGACUUAUUAACUGUUUAGUCCAAUUGCUUAACUUAAAGCUUACCUUAUUUGGUGUUUAAAAUUGCCUUGUAAUAUGCCAAGUGGACCCAAGUCAUUUUUGCAGCAACUUUCCACUCAACACCCCAAGGACAGUUUUCACUACUGAAUAUAAGUUGUUCAGUACCUGGAGGCAGCAUGGUAUGGUAUAUAGAACAUUAGCUUUGAAAUCAUGAAAACCUGGGUUCAGAUCCUGCCUUAAACCUUUAAUAGCUGUGUGACACUGGAAAAGUACCUUAACCCCUUUGGGUCUCACUUUCCUCAUUAGUGAAAUAUGUGGACUUGGUGGCCCCUUCUUGGCUCUAAACCCAUUAUCCUUUGAACAAUGAUGAAUAGCUACCUCCUAUCUCCCUAUCCCCUGUGAGCAUGACUUGACCAACCCAGCCAACAGCCCCAUUUAGAAAGUGAGUCUUAUUUGCAAUUGACAUCUUCUCCCAUCUGUGGAUGUAGAUUUUGUCUCAGACUCAGAUAAAAGGGAUCAUCGAGGCCAUGUCAUUUAACAGAGUGUUCAACCUAGAGUCAGAAGACCUGGGUUCCAACCUGAUCCUUAUUUGACUGUGACCUUGGGCAAAUCAUCCUUUCCUCUCAUCUUUAGUUUCCUCCUCUGUAAAAUUAAGGAGCUGGACGAGGUCAUCUCUUCUGUUACUAAAUCUUAUAUACCCAAUUAACUGGGCUAGUCACAAAGCCUCUCUCUUACUCCCUAUUUUGACCUCAGUAUUUCCUUUUUUCAGAGUCUGAGGCUAGCCCCAGAUCUCACUCCUUUGACCAGAAAUCAUGUCAGUGUCUUACAUGAUUCCUGGGGAGCCGAGACUGGGCUGGGCAUCAACCCACAGAAGUCAGACCCCAAACCGUCCCCAACCUUAUCAUCACCAAUGUUCCCUUUUUCUUCAGCUGCUCCCUUUAAUUUCCCAGGAUUGCUGCUUCAAUUCCCCAAGUAGAAACAUCUGGAUAAUGGUCAUCACGAAGGCCCAGCAUCCCUGUAUUUGGCACCAUGCAGGCAAAACAUCUGGAUGUGUGGCAGGCAUUUCAGUUAAUGUUCAGAUGCUUUGGCAUUUCCUAGCCAGGAGGGGACUCCCGACAGAUACCGCAGUAACCCUUUCUUUGGGCUACUGAGUUUUCAUGUCUUUGAAUGUCUUAGGAACUCAGGAAGUUUCACAACUGGGUGAGUGGUUAUACCUUCAUGCCCCAGGCAAGUCCCUUAUUCUCCCUGAGCCUCAGUUUGCUUAUAGAUAAAAUGAGGAGUUGCACUCACUGAUCUCUCAGGUCCUUUCUCAUUCCAAAUUCUAGAAAUCUUUGGCUUUGUGACCACCAUAGGGUCUGAGGUCUUGGAGUAGCCUCCAAACCCUGUAGCAGCAGACCUUAGAGCUGUCUGCCCUAGAUCAGGUCUCAUCAUGGAUCUGAUAUAAGGGGAGAUAAUAGUCAUGUGGAAUUAUCUCUCAUCCAAAGGAGAGCCAUUAGAACAGUGAGGGGCCCAUGGGCCUUUGAGGACCCAAAUCACACAGCCAUUAAAAAAAGAUAUUAUUUAGCACCUGGUCAGUCCCCAUCUGGCAUACUGUGUUCAGUUCUGGAUACCACAGCAUAGGAAGAUGAUUGAUAAUGUGACAUGGUCGAUAGAAUGUGGAUUUGUAUUCAGGAUAGACCUGGGUUCAAAUCUGGCCUUAGAUGCUCACUAGCUGUGUGAUUCUGGGCAAGUCACUUAACUUCUAUAUGCCUCAGUUUCCUCAUUUGUAAAAUAGGGAUGUUAAUAGUAUCGUCUCACAGGGUUGUUAUGUGGAUCAAGUAAUAUUCAUAAAACAUCUUGCAUACCUUCAGGUGUUAUAUAAACACUAGUUAUUAAUUAUGAUUAAUUAUGAUACUAAUAUGAACAAUAAUUAUAUUAAUAUUAAUAAUUAUUAUUGUUAUACUGAGAAAGGGGUAUCCAGGAGGGGGAAGGCCUUUUUGGCCAUUCCAUAUGAAGAAACUAGGGAUGUUCAGCAUGGAAAAGAGAAGCCUUAGCAGUGUGGCAUGUGAAAGAUGAAAUCACUGACCUAACAAAGGUCCCAUCUUCUGAUCAUAUUGAUUCAUUAAGCAGUGCAUGCCAAUUGCCCAACAAACUGGGACCAGACCACCUCAGCUUAGCCCUGGUCCCCAAAUACAGGGGAAAAUAGACCCCCCACUUAAUAGUAUUUUAUUUUUUCCCAAUUACAUGUAAAGAUAAUUUUCAACAUUCAUUUUGUGGGAAAGAUUUUGAGUUCCAAAUUUUCCUCCCUCCCUCCCUUCACUAUCCCCCUCUUUAA